ACCAAUCGCGUAAGACCACGACACAAUGGCGGCGUGGCUGGACAGUUUUGUGUUGUCGAGUGGUUAGGUGUCAUUAGGUUUCUUGUCGCGAUCUCGGAUUAAUUUUUUUGUUUAGAAGAUUGCUUCGUUGCGCUCGGUGAAUUAAUUUUCCUCUCAGUCAUGCACGGUUUCCUGAUAGUAGUCCUGUUGGAUUUAACCUUCGACUUGGUCGGAAGUGUUUCUCAAUUGGAGAUCGACAAGCAUCUAGAGUACGGCAGAGAAUUCCUGGCAAAGGGCCAGUUGCAGGACGCACUAUCGCAUUAUCAUGCAGCUGUCGAGGGAGAUCCGACCAAUUACCUGACAUAUUAUAAGAGAGGAACAGUUUAUUUAGCAUUAGGUAAAGCCAAAUUUGCCCUACUCGAUCUUAAUAAGGUUUUAGAAUUGAAGGUAGACUUUACACCAGCAAGACUACAGCGUGGUAACAUUUUACUGAAGCAAGCUCACUUUAAUGAAGCUGAAAUAGAUUUUCAAGAUGUCCUAUCUGUAGAACCAAAUAAUAAGGAUGCCUUGUAUGCCUUAGAUAGGUUAUCUUCAGCUAGAGAAGAUAUGAAAUUUAUUAAUACACUGAUAUAUAAUGACGAUCAUGCAGCAGUUGUACAGCAAAUUACUCGAAUCCUUGAAAUAUGUCCAUGGUCUUCUGACCUUAGAGAACAAAGAGCAGAGAGUCAUCGCCACCUUGGAGAUUAUAUGAGUGCUAUAUCUGAUAUACGAUCGACUACAAAAUUACUGUCUGAUAAUACAGAAGGAUUCUUCAAGCUCUCGACAUGGUUGUAUCGUCUUGGACAAGUUGAAGAGGCAUUAAAGGAGAUUCGAGAAUGUUUGAAACUUGAUCCAGACCAUAAGGAAUGUUUCCCAUUUUAUAAGAAGAUUAGAAAAAUUCAUAAAUUCCUACAAGAUGCAAGGACAGCACUAGAAAAUACAAAGGAUUAUAAUUCGUGUAUCGACUUAUCUAAUCGUAUAUUAAAGGAAGAACCAUAUGAAAAGAACGUGCAAUUUACGGCUUUUCAUUAUCUUUGCAAAUGUUACACGGGAACCUCUAAUACAACUUAUGCAAUCCGUAAUUGCCAAGAAGCAUUGGAAAUUAAAAAGGAACCUGAUUUGAUUUGUGAUAGUGCAGAAGCUUAUCUCGCUGCAGAAAUGUUCGAUGAUGCCAUUAGAGAAUAUAAAAAUGCCUUAGAGAUAGAACCGAAUAUGCAGAGAGCCAAGCAAGGAUUGCAAAAAGCGCAACAACGCCAAAAAAUGUCAGAAAGCCGAGACUAUUAUAAAAUUUUAGGCGUAUCGAGAAAUGCCAGCAAACGAGAUAUCAUUAAGGCAUACCGGAAGCAAGCACAGAAGUGGCAUCCUGAUAAUUUUCAGGAAGGCGAAGAGAAAAAACGUGCGCAGAAAAAGUUCAUCGAUAUUGCCGCUGCCAAAGAAGUCCUCACGGAUGAUGAGAAGAGAGCGAAAUUCGAUCAGGGCGAGGAUCCCUUAGAUCCGGAGUCGGGUCGACACCAACAGGGCUUCAAUCCCUUCCAGGAGUUCCAUCAAUUCCAUGGUUCUCCCUUCCAAUUUAAAUUCCACUUUAAUUAAACACAUCCUAAGAUCUUGUUGUAAUAGAACAAUUACUAUUCUCGAAUUUUAAUACUCGUCGUUUUAAACGCGACGGUCUCUUUAUUUCAUCCUAGCCCGAAUUUCGUUUCGCUGUCGAUGGAAAUGGCGCGUGUUUAAUCUAACGAAUUCGGGAGAUUGCAGAUGAACAAAUCGAUGAAUCGUUAACCAAGACCAAUGGCCAUCUAGCGAUACCGGGUAAUGCACAUAUCCCGGUACGCGUUUAAUAAGAGAUGCAAAGAGAGACUUUAAUCGCUCGCUAGUUUGUUUACUGCAAAACUUAUAAUACAGUACUCGUUCUACUAGUACAUGCAUACAGACUGAACGAUAAUUAUAAUAUAUUUCAAUUCACACGUAAAUAUCCGUCGCGCAUAAUUUUAUCAUUGCACUAUCCAUCUUUAUACUAUUGUAUGCUACUGAUAAAAUUGUGAUUGUUCCACGUAUUGCAGUACAAACAUGAUAUGUACAGUGAUCACUUGCUACUGAUUGUUUCAGCAGCUCAUUUUUAGCUUGGGAACAUGCGACAAUUAGAUCGAAUUCGAAAGAUAUUGCGCGUUUAUCGAGUACGAAUAUAUUAAAUCGGUAUUUAUAUUGUUAUUACUUUCGCGCGUAUUAUAUUCGUACUCGGUAAUGUUCACAUAAUGUGUAGCUGUGCGUAUGAGUGUGAGUCAAAACUUUAUGUAAAUACUGUAUUUCUGAGACAUUUGUUUAAAAAUAUAUUUGAGUAAUU